UUACAUAUUUCCAAAUGUUAAAAUAUUAAAGAAUUAACAUUUUUACCCAAACAUAUAAUACAUGCUUGCUGGCCCACCUUCCCUCAAGUGGCUUCUUUUGGUUCAACCUUAACCUCAGAGAGAAAAUUUGAACGAGACAAGAACAGCUACACUGGAAUGUUAAUACAAAAAUGAAUACUGUAAAACUGAACCUCGAAUUGAGCUUUGACACUUUAAAGAAGCAUUAAAAAUAAUUACCAGUAUUUACAUUUUAUUAUUGAACUUGAUUAGUAUUUAUUCAUCAAAUUAUCUUAUAAAUCUCUUUUAAAAGCUACUUUUAUAAGUAUUCAUUGUGUGUGGGGCCAUGUGUCGUAUUUGUUAACGGAGGGGAGUGGGAAAGGUGAACGGUGGAUUGGGUUCUUAUUGUAAUAUUGUGUUGUUUUUUUGUAUGAAUGUUUUAGCGUUUCUAGUUGCGCAUGGUAUGACAAGUGCUUUUUUCAACAAAAAAAAUAUAUAUAUAUAGGUUGAUUUGAUCACACUUCAAAGACUAAUAUUAUGCCAGUUUGUGGCACAUAAGGUUGAAAGCUACAGUGUUAGACCUUGAGUCUGGCACAUUGACUUUUCAUCAAAGUCUGAAAUGUUAUUUCAGGCAAUACACUAUGAAAAAAAGCUAAAUGCAUACAAAAGUAAUAUUUGGAGAGGUACGUUCAUGUGCUAUGUUUCAAGCCUGCUAUUCAUUUGAAUGUUCUUUGUAGAAAUCAACCCAAAAUGGAGACACAGCUGCGGGAAUUCCUGAUGGAGCGCAACAUAGCUGAGGAACUGAUUAAGAAACUUGAAGAUGAAAACAUUGACGCAGCUGUUAUUCCACUGAUGUCAGAUACUGACUUGGCAAAAUAUAUCCCCAAAGUUGGAGAUAGAGUCUCCACUGUUGCUUUCUGCAGACGAACAGCUUUGUCAGAGAGUGGGUCAUCCAGGAAGGAGUCCAUCCUUUCAAGACUGCGGCAAAGAGUCAGUGGAACUGAAGAGAUGCCUUUAAAAAAGCGUUUUUCUACACUCAAAGGAAAUGUAAAUGCCAAGAGACAAAUGAGACGAAUCGAGAUUGGCUGGAUGGACUUUGAUGAGAUUGCAGAAAGAUACAAACAGGUGAAGUCAGUUAAUGGUGGUGGCACAAGGCAUCUGUCAAUUGAAAAAGAAAAAACUGUGGCAGAUGUCAAAGUACUGGCUGAAAGUCUGUUUUUUCCUGAAGGCUUUUCAAAAAAAAACAUGCGUCUUUCAAAUUAUUCCACUCAUAUUGAGAGCUCCCAGAUGAACAUUUGUGUUUCUGAUACAAUUGAGCAGUUGUAUAGUCUUUGCAAAGUCAAACUACUGAGACUUUAUCUCUGCACCAAAAAGAAAAUGGAAUGGAACCAGGCAGUAGAAGAAGAUAAUGACCCAAAAAGCCAGUCUUCCAUGAUAGAUCUCACUGAAAACGACCAAAGUCAGAUUGUUGAGAAUUUGGCAACAUCAAAUCAACAUGCAGUUGGUGGAAUAUCCACAAGUGAAGAUUUGGAGUUAGAUGACACACUUGUAUGGGAUGGACAUUUUACUGUAAGUGAAGAUGAAGAAUCAGACACAGUUGUUAUCUUGCAUGCUCGUGAGACGGUGGAACUGAGAGUAGAUGAGCCAAACAAUCAGGCUAUCGUUUCCGAAGGCACUGAAGAUUUUCUAACAGUGGAACAUUCAGCAUCUGCUCCAAACAUUGCAGAACAGACUAGCACAGACGCAGAGGCAAUGCCUGAACAGCAGUUUUCUCCUGUGACAGUGAUUGUGAGAAGAGGUCAUUGUCUUACAGAUUUAAUGUGUGCCUUUAAGGACCCAAAGGUUUUGACAUCAGAGAUUACCAUCAAAAUGCGUUUACCAAAUGGGGAGCUUGAACAAGGAGAAGGGGCAGGUGUUUUUCGAGACAGCCUGACUGAAUUUUGGACAGAAUUCUAUGACUGUUGCACAUUAGGAGUUCAAGUGAAAGUCCCAUUUAUCAGGCAUGACUUUCAGUUGGAAGAAUGGCAGGCUGUGGCUCGGGUGUUUGUGGUGGGCUGGAAACAAGUUUCUUACUUCCCAGUGAAACUUGCUGUCCCCUUUCUGGAAGAAGUGCUCUAUGGGUCAGUAGCCAGUAGUUUAAAAGAAUCCCUUUUGAUGUAUGUAUCACAAGAGGAAAAAGAUCUCAUUGUAAAGGCUUUGGAGGACUUUGACUCGGUGGAAAGUGAUGAAUUGCUUGAUUUUCUUGGAACGCUUGACUGUAGGCAACUGCCUACCAAAGACACACUCCUUCCCAUUUUAACACAAAUGGGGCACAAACUAAUCAUUCAGGCCCCAAAUUAUGUCAUCAAGUGUUGGCAACCAAUUUUGCACUCCAUUAGUAGUUCACUUCCACGACACGAUCUGGAAGACUUCAUUACACAAAAAAAAACCGACAGCAAAAAAAGUCAAGGACCACCUAAACUUUCCAGAGGAAAUGACAGCAGACCAAUCAGUGAUUGCUCGUUAUCUGAAAAGGUUCAUAGGGGAAACCGAUUCCAACAUUCUUCCUCUCUUUUUACGUUUCUGCACUGGAUCAGAUGUUUUGGACAACUCAAUAACUGUUCAGUUUGUAGAAACCUCUGAGUUCCUCCGGAGGCCACAGUCUCACACAUGUGGAUGUAUUUUAAAACUACCGAUGGGUUACCACAGCUAUCCUGAUUUCCGCAGCGAAUUCAACAGCAUACUUACCAGUGCCAUGUGGGUAAUGGAUGUUAUUUAAGCAGAAACAAAUUCUAAGAACAUCCAGCUGUUAUAUUAGUGUUUAAAGUUUGAUAUUGUUUUUGUUUGCCUUUUGGAAAGCAGACAAUUCAGUUAAUGUUUGAAGUACAGUUUUUUUCUUACAGCUCUUCUAAGGAUUGUUUAAGGUGGCUGUAUUUUUUCCCCAGAAAAGCCAAAACCUAAUUGUGGUUUGCACGAAUGUGUAAAGGAAAAUUUGUUAUUAAUUCAGAAAUUGUAAUAAUUUUAAUUAUUUUAUUAUUUUGAUGAGCACUUAUGUUUACCUUUUGAAUGUAGGCAAUUCUUUUAAACAUUAU